AUGUUUCAGAAACCGUUCAAAGUAAAGUCCAACAACAUUGUUAAAAAAUCUGAAAAGAAAAAAAUCCAUGAUGAACUACGGCAGUACAACCCUAAGCUGUCAAUAGAAACAUUACAAGAUUUGCUACCAUUGAAGGAAGAUGUAAGCGUUAUAAAGUUAUGCACUUACUCCCAAGAUAUUGUCACCGUGUAUUCUCAUAAAAAGAAUCCGACAUUUUUUGUGGUUAACAAAUUAGUCUUGCCAACCGUUUAUGCCAUGUGGAAGCAUCCAGAUCUGGUCAUAUCGUUUGAGACCCAUGCGUCUGUAAACUCAAAAUUGAAAGGAGGGGCUGAUUUAAUGUUGCCAGGUGUCAUUGUUCCAAAAAAUGGCUUCAAACCUUUUACAAAUGGUCAACCAUGCUCUGUGCGAGUUACCGGAAGCAAGGCCUCCGUGGCAGUGGGUAAGACUGCUCUUGACAGUUAUUCCAUUGAGCGGGAGAACGUUCGAACAGGAAAGCUGGUGAACAUAAUGCACACUUUUGAAGAUCAUUUGUGGGAACUUGGUGAUAAAUCCUCUCCGCCGGUGAUUAAUAAUAAUGAAGGUGAUGAUGACGAACUCACAAAUGAUGACAAAAGUGAUAAUGUUAAACUUGGUGCCUCCAAUAUCUUACAGUCUGUAUCCACCAGACUGUCUGAUGAGCGAAAGGACGUAAGGGAUGAUAACAAACGAGAAAAUAUCUACAAAGAUGUUGGUGAUGUUGUAAGUGGUGGAAAAAAUGCUCAUAGUGAUUUUGCUUCCAUGGAUGACUUAUUGAAGCAAUGUUUUUUAAGUGCCAUUAUAUUGUAUGGUAAGAAGAUUCAGCUGCCCAUAUUAUACAGCACUUUCUAUGGGAGAUAUGUCAUGAAAUGCUGUCCUGAUGACAAGUGUCUCGAUGUGAAGAAAACAACAUAUAAAAAGGCGUCGACGUUUUUGUCAUACAUGCAGGAGGAGGAAUUGAUUAUAGUCGAGGAGACGAAUAGAGGAGUUGAGAGCAUUAUGUCCAUUGAUUUUGAUCACGACAUGCUGAGAACUUUUGAGAUACCAUCAUGGGCAAAUGAAAGAAAGGAGAUUGGAAGCAGUUCAUCAGCUGAUCAAUAUGACAUUGAAUACACACCUCCUGAGAUCACAACUGUCUAUCGGGUCACAACUCCACUCUUAUUCCAAAAGGGAGAUUCAUUGAGCAUGGCAGAUCUGAGAGGACACAUCACAAAAUAUGUCAGGGAUAAUCAGCUGAACGAGGGAAGGAAUGUGCAGUUAGAUGAAAAACUAAGUGCCGUAGCUCUCAACAAAAACGAAUAUGCUCCUGUACUAUCUUGGGCAGAACUGAUUGAUAGGAUCGUUGACAAGAUGACGGUCUGUCAUAAAGUUGUCUUCCCUAAUCAAGAACCAAGUAUUAGGACAGGAUAUCCGAAGAAAAUUAUAUUUAAUGUUAGCAAGAAAGGUUCAAACAAAAAGAUUACUGUAGUUAAAAACUUGGAAUUGUAUGGUCUGGAUGUAGAAAAUUUGGUCAGUGUGAUACAGAAAAUGAUAUCGUGCAGUGUGAAGCUCCAGCCAUCUGACGACAAAGACAGCAGCGGGAACCGAAACUUGCAAGUUCAAGGCAAUCAAAUUCACAUCAUUAGGAAUCUUCUUAUUGGUCAGUACUGCUGCUAA